UAUUGUGCGUCUGUAACGCGCGCUUUUUUACGCACGGUCUUCUUUGUGGGUUAGCUUAAUGCUAAGUUAGCUCAAGCUUUGGCCCGCAGAGCAACACAACAAGCAACAGGCAUAACCUCUUCAAUCAAACCACUGGCUUCUGUGCAAACACGCAAUUAAAGUGGUCCAGGUUCCUCCUUUAACAUGGGUAAAAAGACUCGUGACGAAGAGUCGUCUUCUGAUGAGGAGGAGUAUGUGGUAGAGAAGGUCCUGGACAGGAGGGUGGGCAAAGGAGGACGGGUCGAGUUCUUCCUGAAGUGGAAGGGAUACUCUGAUAAACACAACACCUGGGAGCCAGAAAAAAACCUUGACUGUCCAGAGCUCAUUACAGAGUUUAUGAAGACUUAUAAGAAAGGUAGCAGUGGAGGAUCUACACCGAGCAGUGGGGGCAGCAAAACCAGCUCAGUGGGGCGCUCCAAAGAGUCAAGUAGCUCAAAAAGGAAGGGCUCAGAUGACGAUGAGGAGGGAGGUAGCAAACCAAAAAAGAAAAAGGAGGAAGAUGUGUUGGUAGCACGUGGCUUUGAGAGAGGACUUGAGCCAGAGAAGAUAAUAGGAGCAACUGAUUCGUGUGGAGACCUAAUGUUUCUAAUGAAGUGGAAAGACUCUGACGAAGCCGAUCUUGUGCUUGCAAAGGAUGCCAACCACAGAUGCCCGCAGAUUGUCAUAGCAUUCUACGAGGAGCGCCUAACUUGGCAUGAAGAUGGGGACAAGAAAGAGAAGGAGGCUGUGAGUGCAUGAGAAGACCUCUAGACUCCAGCUUUAAGUCAGACAUUUUCACACUUAAAAUCCUACUGUGUGUUUUCUUCAUCGUUCUACAAAGACUGAACACAGAACAGUCGUCCAUGUCGUUCUCUUGGGAGCACACAGACCCUAAACUACGUCCAUUGUAAAAGGAGAUCUGGACAUGGGUGAUGAGCUGUUGGGGUGGAGUGCAAGUUCUGUAUUUUAUUUUUUUACUAUCGUUGUAUCAUGCUUUAGUACCUUUAGUACCUUUUAACUUCAUUUUUAGAUCUCUCAGUAAAUUACCUUUUUAAUUAUGCAGCAAACACUGGCCAAACAUUUGAGUAAAUGUAGUAAUGGCAAUUUUUAAGUUUGAACAUGGAUGUUAAUGUAAUGUUUUUAAAAUUCUUUAUAUCAAUAGUUCAGUAAAGUACAUGCCCUCUUUUGUA